AUGAAUUUCAAAGAGAUAAAGAUCCAGGAGCACAGCGAUCAUGUUCUCGUGGGACACAUUCCGCGCUCGGUGACCGUUAUGUGUCACGGUAAUCGACCCGGAGAUCACGUCGUUAUUAGCGGAAUCCUUUGCCGAUUCAUCAAAAGAUUCGCCCUUGCCCGGCUCCGUCUGGCCGACGAGGUUGACAAGGAUGACGUGAAGGAGCGUCCAAACACGUCGGACAAGGUCUUCGUGCUGGUGCGGGAGUUGGCCGGGGCAAACAAGACGGUCAAGAUUUCGGACGUGAUGAAGCGCUGCACGACCAAGGCUACAGGUCGGCAAGUCGGGCCAGAAUUUAGGAAUACGAAUCCAGAAAGGAAAAGAUAA